CGGACUGCCGCAACGAGCGCACGUGAAUCCACGGACGGAUACAUCGUCGAAUCAAAGGCGACACACGCGCGCCGUAGCUAAAGAAAGACGGUGUCACGCAGUAGUCUGGAGAGAGGCGGGCGCGCACACACCCGCGACGUGUAUGCAGUUUUCCAGUCGGCAUUAGCAUCCGAUCGAUCGCAGAAUCCGGCGGCGAGCUCAAAGGCACCGACAACACCGAUCUACAACGUCAUUCGUCACGUUCGCCGCACGUUGGCGCGCACCAGUCGAUAUCGAUCGUGAUCACGCGGAGAGAGACCCAGUGUCGAAGAACCCACCGAGGAUCGUCUUCUCUUCCUGGCGCUGUACCGCGCGACUGGAACUUUCUAGAAGCUUGGGAAAAGAGCGAGAGAGGAAAGGCGCGCGCGAAGAACCGACGAGAGGUAGGUGGGACAGACGAGACAGAGUGUACACACACCGGCGUACGAGAUGGCGUUUAUGAUGCCCGUGGUGAAAAACGAAUGGGACAUUUACAAGACGAACCGCAGCCGGCGUUCGUCCGAGUGCUCGAAUCCGCAGGCCUGUCGCAGCAGAAAGGUCUGGCGUGCCAGCCGGCAGAAUCGGCUCGCGAAGUGCGGCACGUCUGAUCACCCCGCCGCCGUCUCGAUCCUCAUGGUGUCCGAGUGCUCCAAGUCGGAGGGUCCGUCGUUGUCGACGUCGCCCGGUUCUGACUUCCUGACUUCGCCGGCGCACCGCUCCGUACCGCUGACCUCGCGGCACUUCUCAAGGACGUCCUCGAGGGCGUCGCAGAGCUCCCUCCAGAGCCCGAGCAAGAGUACAGGCACGUCGCCGCCCAAGACCGGCAGUUCGAACUCCCUCAACAAGUUCCACAAUCGGCUGGUCGACAAGCUGAAGCGCUCGUUGAAGAAGGCGGAGGACUGCGCGGAGGACCAGCGGAACCUAUCGUGAAACAGUCAUGGGGUUUUGGGCCGGCCGCCUGUGUCCGGCUCGAAACCGAUCGAGAUCCGACGCACUUCGGCACCCGCUACCACAUCCGAGUCGAGCACCAACGUGGCAGCACGCUCGUGUCCGGAUCCGUCUUCAGCUUGGUAGAGGAGAACGAGACAGGGGGAAGCAAGAGAAAAGAAGAAGAGAAAGAGAGAGGCGAUGGUGAAAGCGAAGCUAAGAGAAAAUGCGUGUGUGAAGCGGGGGGUUCAAAGCGAAAGGUGGAAUGCUUGUAUGUGCGCGUGCGAAAGAGCAAGGAGGGGCCGAGAGAGCAGGCGGAGGAGGGGGGAGGAAAGAAGAAGAAAGAAGAGAUCAGCUUUCGGCCGUCGUCGUGUGUUUGGCUCGGGGAAGAGGAUGAUCGAGCACGUUCACGAGUUUGUUAGUCUGGCGAGCGAGACGGAGAUGGGGUAAAGUCAGCUGGAUGUCGACAGUCGAUCGUGUCGAGGAUCCUCAGGAUCGGCUCGAGAGAGACGUCUCGAUCGAGUGAUCGGAGAGGAGUCUCUCGCUCGAAAGGAACGAAGAAACGGGCUUGGGAUGUUUCCUCGGAUGGGCCACGACGUUUUUCAAACUCGUCCAGUUGCAUCCAGUUGCGCGAGAUAACUUCGAUACGAGGGCUAUCGGUCGCGUCGAGGAACGUCCACGUAUACAUCGUUUCGUGGGCGUAGAUCCGAGAGACGAAAGGACGACGGAAACUCUCACAUAUCGGAACCAUCGUUAGGCGGACAUCCGUUUUUGGCAUGAGCGUCGAUAGCAUGUGUGGUCAGAAUGAUUGAGAAGCAAAGAAAAUUCGAGGAAACGCGGCGAACUUUCGUGGACCACCUGGCAGAUCGGCGGGAGGGUUUCGGAAGAACGUCGGUCGCCGACGGGCUCGAUGGACAGCGACACGCGAAGACCCGCUCGUAUACGUUGUCAACUUUAGGAGCUUAUCCGGUCUCCUGCUAGCGAGCAGUCAUCGUGCGAGUCCGGCCGCAACGGGAGGGAUUUCCACCGGAUGGCGUCCUAUCAGUAGGUUGCAACGGCGUCUUCUACGUUUCCUCUGAUCCACCGCCACGUCGUCAUCCCUCCUCCCGUCUAGGAGAUCGUUAAAAAUUGUCCAGUUCGCGGCUUCCUUCGCCAUCAGACCGGGACUAACGUCCGUGCUAUCGUAAAAGUUCUUCUCGGGAUAACCCUGAGAAUCUGUUUAAGAUGCCGAAGAGGAGAGAAAAAGAAAGAGAGAUAGAGAAAGAGAGAGAGAGGGUGAGAGGAGUGGGAAGAUAGGAGAAGAAGAAAGGAGGAAGAAACAGCCGGAUACACACGACGGGAUCAACCCUCGACCAUUCUCGAGCCCCUCUCUCGCGCCACGGAGGGAGUCUCGGGCCGGAGGAGAUGUCGGAUGAGAGAGAGGCACCGGCUGCGGAGGAAACGAGGUAUAUAAGCAAGCAUAACCCACGUGAUCGCGAUUCCAUUCGUGCGCGUUGAAUGUCGCCGCGGUCAGAAGUCGGCUACGGUACGGUCGUCACCACAGUUCCACUUCUUAAUCAGACCUAAAAGCUUAGUUCCUUCGUCGCGCACGUGCCCUCCCGACCGUACGUGCGCUCUACGCUCUAUUCGUCCAUUUCUUUAACGUGGCACGGCGGGAGAUCGAAAAAAGAUCGCGAAAACGAGACAUUCAGCGGGCGCGCGUGGCUUUUCUUUUUUCACCUGGGAUUUUUUUCGCGAGGAGGAGCAAUCGUGACGUUACGACGUUGCGGAUAGAUGUCCGCAAAUAUGAGGCACAAUGAAAGGAAGAAGGAACGAGGAAUUAAAUAAUAGGGAAUUAGAAGAACGGUAAUAAGCUGUAAAUGUUUAAAAGGCAAUAGAAGAUAAGAUGUGAAAACUUUGUCAAACGAGAUCAUCACUUUUACUAUUUUCUAAUAAACCUCUACUGCCAUCAUUAACACUUUUAUCAUUUUCUUGAUAAUUAUCGAUUCAUUCAAACUGACUUUCAUUUGUAUACUGAUGAUCAUUAGACAGUUUAAAAGUUCACUUUCAACUAGCAAGCUCUUAUAAAUAUACAAAUAAUAAGAAAUAGAAUUUCGACAGUGUUCCUAAUCCUAGUUCCCUAUUCCUUCGUUGUAAAUUGAAGCGUACUUGUCCGUACGUGGAAAUUUAAUUCCUCGUUCCUAACACCCUACAUUUAAUUUCUUAAUCCUUUCAUUGCGUCUAAGCCGUAAGGCAGCAACUUUCGAGCGAAACGACGUCGCACACAUGCACGUCCGAAAGGAAGAAGCCGUAACGUCACGACGUGGGCGCAUUCGCACUCGUAUCCGCGACACCGUAUUGAUCCGUGAACGAAGGAACGUCCAAAGGACGUCCCAAUCUUUCAGACGCCCGAGAACCGUUCGGGUCCUCCGUACGUUAACCCCCCUUUGAGCUUUCGAACGUCUCACAUCAGUCUCAUAUCAGUGAGCGUCUUUCGGACGUCCUUUGGACACGAGUCUCCGAUCCAAUGAGAUCCAAUUAGCUUUCUCUCGCAACCUAAACUGAAGAGCGUCCUCUAAUCGGUACGUCACACGGAACUGUUUAAGAAUAGACCCGUGUUCCCGCCGCGCGCUCGAGCACGAUCGUGCCUUCAAGUUCGAGUAUGUUUGUCGGCCUGGUGGAGGCGGGGAACGCGCGUCCGAGGGUACACGAAGACGCCGAAUGCGCGCCGGGAACACGGGACGGAGCGUGGAAAGAGAGAAAGAAGAAGAGAGCGGCUCGCGUGAGAAACGUCGCGAGUAUUGUUGUUUUAUUGGUAUAGAGCACCGAAUCGAGAACAACGGCACGCUCGUCCGUUGUUGUGCGGAUUAAGGUCGAGUUCUUCGCGUACCGGAAGUGGCGGUUCCUCUCUCACCUUCGCGGGAUCGCGUCGCGGCGGAAGAGCGACGUUCUCGCCGGCGGUUAGCGUGGUAGUUCGUAGGGGCGCGAUCGAACGCGCACGUGUGCACCCUCUCCACACACACACACACACACACACACACACACAUAUUUGGAGUCAGGUCACAUGCGAUAGAGAGAGAGAAGCCUAAGGAAGGGGAGCGACUUAUUUUUACGUGUUAUAUGGGGUAGCCCCGUGCGUUGUUCGAACAUCGUCCGAGUAGUCGUACUUAUAUAUUCGCGUGUGCGUUAUUCCCCCCCCCCCCCUCUCCCGCACAAGAGGGU